GAAUAGGGUCGCUUACGAACUCAUUGACAAUAUGUCUGCGAGUUCUGUGCUUUCACUUUCAUACAGAUAGAAGAUGGCGCAAAUAACGGCUGCUAAACCGCCCGAUCGGAAACUUUUAACAGAAUAUAACAGAGCGACUGAGAAAUUGUUCAAAGUGAUUAUAAUCGGCGACCCCGGAGUGGGGAAAACUUCAUUUAUUCGCCGGUAUGUUCAAAAUGCCUUUCGCGGGGAUUAUAAAGCUACGAUAGGCGUAGAUUUUGCUUUGAAAAUUGUCAGAUGGUCAGAAAACCAGACCAUCAAGUUGCAACUUUGGGAUAUUGCAGGCCAGGAAAGAUUUACAUGGAUGACACGUGUAUAUUACAAAGAAGCUCAAGGCUGUAUCAUUAUGUUCGAUUUGACAAGUCGAAACUCAUUUGAAAACGCAGUAAAGUGGAAAAAAGAUGUCGACUCUAAAUGUGUCUUGGAAGAUGGUGCGCCGGUUCCGUGUAUGUUAUUAGCCAACAAAUGUGAUUUGCGGCAAAGGGAGGUGGAUCAAUGGGAGAUUGAAACUCUUUGUCGGGAGCACAGCUUCAUUGGUUGGACAGAAACAUCAGCAAAAGAUGACCUGAUGGUUGGUGACUGCAUGCGGUUCCUGAUCGAAAUAAUGAUGAAGUAUAACCGCUUCCAAACGACCGACAUUUUUGGGCCGUCCCUAAAGCUUAGUAAACGAACAAUCGAAGAAAGCAACGGUGUAAUUGCUAGAAAGGAAACUUCUUCUUGCGGCUGCUGACCGUGAAUCUACAUUAAUAUUUAUAAGUUCAUUUUCAUGUGCUGACCCUGUUAUUCUUGGGUUGAAAAUCAAUUCAUUCUAAUAAUAGCGCGAAUAGCACUUCUAUAUAAAUAAAAGUGGCUGUUAUUUCUAACUUAUGAUCAAA